GUUCUGUUCAACAUUUCGUGUCUUGGUCCCCUCAGACGUGUCUACACCCCUCUACCCGUCACUAGCAACACCAAUUGUCCAUCUGUAAGGAAUAUUGGCCACAGCAACCUCCAAGAUGAACAUCUUCAGAUUUCUGGGGGAUCUGUCCCACCUUGUCUCUAUACUUAUCCUUCUACACAAAAUGAGAGUUUCAAGUUCCGCAGCAGGAAUCUCGUUCAAAUCACAGUUCCUAUACUUCAUCGUCUACGUAACGCGCUAUAUCGAUCUGCUGUGGACCUUCUACGACCCGUCAUCACUCUACAACACUGUCUUCAAAAUCAUCUUCAUCUCUUCAUCUGCCUACACGAUCUAUCUCAUGCUCAACGACUACAAGCCUACUCAUGACCCCAAUCUUGAUACCUUCAAGGUUCAAUAUCUACUGGCAGGUAGCGCAGUACUGGCGAUCUUGUUCCCAUACAAGUACAGCUUCACAGAGAUCCUGUGGGCCUUCUCGAUUUGGCUCGAAUCUGUUGCCAUCCUUCCCCAGCUGUUUAUGCUACAGCGUACCGGCGAGGCUGAAACGAUCACCACCCACUACCUUUUCGCACUUGGAGCAUACCGUGCCUUCUACAUCCCGAACUGGAUAUACCGAUACAGCUUCGACUCCCACUACAAAUUCGACCCAAUUGCAAUCUUUGCUGGUCUUAUCCAGACGGUCCUCUACUCAGACUUCUUCUACAUCUACUACACAAAGGUUAUUCAAGGCAAGAAGUUUGGUCUUCCUGUAUGAGUCAUUCCGACGCUGGGACGAAGAGCCGACGAACUGGACCAAUACUGCUCCACAAAGCCGAUGAUACCCGACAUUUCUUACCCCGGUGGUCUAGAGUCGAGAUGUGCCGUCAGCAUGGCCUUACCGAAGGCCAGACGUGGAUAAACGCUCGGCUCAGCGAUAUAAAGGUGUACGAGCCUGGAGCACCUCAGCAGACUACGUGAACAACGAGUUAUGUAUAG